GGAAGCAGCAAAUUGCAUGUGGUGGAUGCUAAUAUCAGGUUGUGAGGCCUUGCACAGCAAUUGUGUUUGUGAUCUUUAAAUUUCAAUCAGUUGUAGAAUUCUUGGGGCCGCAGCAGAUGUUGAAAUCUGAUGUAAAAAAAGUAUCUCACAACUCAUCAUCUGCACCAACGAAUGAUACUGGGAACUUCAUGUGGAGCUUCUGGUGGGUGGGGAUGCUAAUGGCACAGCUUUUAAUCAUCCCCAGUAUAACUGCCGCAGACCACCAUGUCUCGUGCCCGUCCACCCCCACUCGUCACCGGCAUCUCACCCAAGGAGGGUGCAGCCUGGACUAAAGUCACUAUUCGUGGUGAAAACCUGGGCACUGGUUCAGCUGAUCUCAUUGGUCUGUCAAUCUGUGGCCAUAAUUGCCUGCUUACAGCAGAGUGGAUGUCAGCCAGCAAAAUAGUGUGUCGCGUAGGCCCAGCAAAGGACGACAGGGGAGAAAUCAUUGUCACAACCAAGUCUGGGGGUCUAGGGACCUCCACUGUUUCAUUCAAACUGCUCAAACCAGAAAGGAUUGGUAUCUUAGACCAGUCAGCUGUGUGGGUUGAUGAACUGAACUACUACGACAGGACUGACCGCAACAAAGGCAUCUCACCUCUCUCCCUCCGACCCAACAAUCCAUUGGGUAUCGAGAUAGACAAAGGAAAUUUCCCACUGAAAGACAUUGAGAUGACAUUUCCAGGGAUGAGUGGAGACUUCACCAGUGAGAACUUCUCUGCCACGUGGUAUCUUAUCGAAAAUCAUGCAGGCACUGGUUUUGAGCAGUUGAAGAUUGCUGCCAGCAAUCUGAAAAAGCAGGCCACCAAGAAGAAUGAGGGGAGUCUGGCCUAUGUGAAGGGAGGACUCAGUACGUUCUUUGAGGCCCAGGACGCUCUGGCAGCAAUUCACCAGAGACAGGAGUCGGAUGGUACUGAAAGAGUGCAGGGAUCAAUGACCCAACGCCUGGAAGUCAUCCUCAACAGAGCGAGUGAUACAGCAGAUACGCUAUUCCAGGAGGUCUUGGGGCGGAAAGACAAAGCUGACUCCACACGCAAUGCACUCAAUGUCCUGCAGCGUUUCAAGUUUCUUUUCAACCUGCCGCUAAACAUUGAACGCAAUAUUCAGAAGGGAGAUUAUGAUGUGGUGAUAAAUGACUACGAGAAGGCCAAAUCUCUGUUUGGCAAUACCGAAGUACCCGUUUUUAAAAAAGUCUAUGCUGAGGUCGAGUCUAGGAUCAGGGCUCUUAGGAGUCUUCUACUGGAGAAACUGCUGCAGACUCCAUCAACACUACAUGAUCAGAAGCGAUACAUCAGAUACUUAUCUGACCUGCAUGCUCCAGGUGACCCUGCAUGGCAGUGUAUCUAUGCUCAGUAUAAAUGGAUCCUGCAGCUGAUGCAAGACUGUAGAGAUGAAUUCAUCAGUGGGCAGAAAGUCUGUGUCGGAGCGCUUGAUCUGGAGGGAGAUACCCGUCCAUCAGUCCUCAGUAGACUCAGCCACACAUCAUCUUUGAAGAGAGGGGGUAGCCUGCAGAUGACGAGACCUACCAACUUUGAAACCCCUCAGCAGGUGAAGUUUGUAGAAAAGCUGUCAGAUGUGGUGAUUGGUCAACUCCCUAAUUUCUGGAAGCUUUGGAUUUCUUAUGUCAAUGGAAGUCUUUUUAGUGAGACUGGGGAGAAAUCUGGACAGGUGGAAAAAUCAAAGAAGAAUGCAAGACAACGGCAAAAUGACUUUAAAAAAAUGAUUGAGGAAAUGACCAAUCGGUUGGUCAAGCUUGUACGUGGGGCCCUUCUUCCCACAACACUGCCACAAGGGGAGCAAAGUCUCUAUGGAGGCUGGGAGAACAAGACAGAAGUGGCUGGGACCUGGCUUACUGAAAUCAUACACAUUGUCAGGGGUUGUCACGAGGCUUUGUCUGCCCUGGAGAUCCCAAAUGAUCUGUUGCAAGUGAUCCAGGAGUUGCUGCUGGAACUCAGAGUUCACUGCCUCAUGGUGACACUGCUGCACACCACUGACGAUGUCAAGAGGCUUGCUGAGAAGGAGGACUGGGUUGUGGAGGGAAUUACCAGGCUGCCAUCACAAUUUGAACAGUGUAUGGUCCAGAUGCUGCAAUCACUGAGAGAGCCGCUGGAGAUCAAACCAGGAGAGAUCAACAUACUACAGCUGGACCAAGUGCAGGACCAAGCCACAGAGCUCUGUGUUAGCAUCAUGAAAGUUUUCAUCAACUGCCUGGAGCAGCAGAGCACAAAAAGAGAUGGAAACAUGACUCCAUCUCACCUAUCAAUGGAUCUUUCCUCUAUGGAUCUGUUUACCAACAUGCAAGAGUGCUUCAGUCCAACUUCUGAGCAACGUUUGCUGAUCCUACUGAGUAACUGUCAUUACCUGGAGAGACACACUUUCCUCAAUCUGGCUGAUCACUUUGAGAAACAUGGAUUUACAGGCACUGAGAAGAUCACACAGGUAAGCAUGCUGGCGGUUCGGGAACUGGAUGAAAAACUCUUUGACGCAUACAUUGAGAGGCGAGCUGACCCUAUUGCAGGUGCCCUAGAGCCGGGCAUCUACGCUGGAUACUUUGACUGGAGAGACUGUCCAACUCCCACAGGUGUGAGGAGUUACUUAAAGGAAGCCCUGAUGAGCAUCAUCACAGUUCAUGCUGAGGUGUUUACAGUCUCCAAGGAUUUGGUUCCUUGUGUGCUGUCCAAAAUUGUUGCAACAGUUGCAGAUGAGAUGUGUCGUCUCAUACAGUGCGUGUCAUCCUUCAGCAGAAAUGGCGCUCUGCAGGCUCGACUUGAACUUUGUGCUCUGAGAGAUGCCAUAGCUGCAUACCUAAACGCUGAAAGCAACACCAGCUUUAAACAAGCGAUGGAUGUCCUGCCUCAGUUACACAGUGGAUCCGAUAAAAAGUUACUGGAAGAGCUGUUGAAUAAGUUUAAGAGCAGCAUGCAGCUGCAGCUCACCUGCUUCCAACCAUCCUGUGUCCAGCCUGUGAAAAGAUAAAACCUACUUUUUUCUUGUCUUCCUGCAAAUCAACAUUGUCACUUUGAUUUUCAAUUGUCCAUAAAAAUGUAACAAAGCAAAUGCUCUAACCCAGUACCAUGCAAACCACAUUUAUUUUUUUUUUAAACAGUGAUUGACGCAUGUAAUUGUAUUCAUAAAAUAAUGUUUUCCUCUAUAUUCUACUCCUGGCAAGCUUUCCAAUGGGAUACAGUUGUAUCCCUCAGUUUCCCUUGCGGUUUGAAUAUUUCUAAUUCAUCUUAUUUCGUGUGGAAGUGGUAAGUUUUUGGCUUCUGAUAUUGUCUUUCUUUGUCUCAUUUCAUCAAUAAUUACCAAGGUUAUGCAUUUUUACACCAUUGACCCACCAGGCCCAAUACAGAGUAUUUACAGUCCCUGCUGUGUCUUUUGCAGUGACUACAACAAUUCUUCUACUACAUUUUACUUCUCAGCAAACCAUACAACUGCUAGUUGGAGUCUAUGUACUAAACACCAAAGUAUAUUUCUUACCACUAUUGUAGUUCCUGCAGGUAAAACAAUAUAGUUCCACCACGGCUAUCUGGAAACAAUUAUGAAGCCAGCUAUUAUAGCCAGGUACAAUAAAUAUCCAGAUAUUACAGCUAUUUACGGUAAAUAUCCAGUUGUUACUCUUGAAUGGAACACAAUGGUACAUUUUUGCAGACAGUUGGUGUGCGUGUUUGCCUCCCUUCAAACCAGCGGGUGCAGCCAUUCAUCUGUGCUUACCACUUCCUCCGUACCGUCUGACAUGUCAUCUUUUCACGCCCAGCACAACUACCCACAGAGUGAACAAAGGGUGUGUGUGGGGUGGGGUCCAUCAGUUCUGUUACAUCAAGCAGUAAACAGAAAAGACUGCACACGUCUGUUCUGGCUAUAGUGUGGAUGCAAAGGAAGCAGACUGUUAGUGCAAGAGUAACCUGUAUUUAAAAAACUUUAAAUGGAGUAUGUUUAAAUAUAAGAAUUCAAUCAAAAAGUAGUUAAAAAAAAUCUUUACCAUUUAUUCCUGUAGCUUAUUAGGAGGAGGAAGUAGCAGGAGAAACAUUGAUCCUCGUCUUUCAGCCAAAGCACUACAAACCAUUCCAUAUCAUAAGACCACUAAACUGCUUACUUAUUACUGUUGCUUUCAGACAGGCACAUCCUUUAAGAUGCUCAAGGAUACUGUAGUCACCCGGCAGUGUUAAAGAGUUUGGUGCAGAGAGGUUGGGUUUCUGAUAUUGUUUUGGGGUGGCCUGUUUGUUCAAACACAUCCUUGAUAUUCUUACAAGAUCCGGGUAGACGACAAUACGAUCUUUGUCCUUAAUGAUGGUCUUCACAUCAAUAUUUUUUUUUUUAUUUUGUUUUACUUUUACUUAAAAAUGUAUACCAGAUUGUCAAUUUAUUACUGCAGCCUGACUUGCUGACCAUUACAUUUCAGUGGCAAAUAUAUACAAAUAUGUAGUACUAAAUGAGGUGAACUUCCAAACUAGCAAUACAUGCAUGCACAAAGCCUCUACAUACAUACAUACUCUAUAUAUUGUACAUUCAUACAAAGGACAGUUGGCCAUAAUAAGCAAAUAAUUGCAAAAUGGUUUCAUACAUUCAGACACAUUUGAAUAGGAUAUUUUUUUAAUAUUACUUUCAGUUUGCAUACAAAUAUGCAUCAAUUUUCUAUGCCGCUUAAUCCCGACUAGUCUCGCUGGGGUAUGCUAGACUCUAUCCCACCUGACUUUGGGUAGGAGGCGGGGUACACCCUGGACUGGUCGCCAGCCAAACACAGGGCACAUAUAGACAAACAACCAUUCACACUCACAUUCAUACCUAUGGACAAUUUGGAGUCACCAAUUAGCCUAGCAUGGUUUUGGAAUGUGGGAGGAAACCGAAGUAUCGUAUAAAACCCACGUGCACGCGGGGAAAACAUACAAACUCCACACAGAGCUGUCUAACAUAGAUUUGAACCCAGAUUUUCCAGAUCUCAUGACUGUGUGGCUUACAUGCCAAACACUAAUCCACCGUGUGACAAAGUUAGAUUGGUUUAGUGGAUAUUAUCUAUCAAUCCACCAGCCGACUUCAAGCGAGAGCUAUGGUAGACUCUGGACACUUGCCAGUCAUUUGGGGGGCACACAUCGUGUCUGUAUAUAAACAACCAUUCACACAUUUACACCUACAGUAUGAACAAAUGACACCCUCCAAUCAACCUAAUAAGGAUUUUGGGGAUGUUUGAGAAAGCCAGAGUACCCAGAGAAAACCACACACUAUGGAUUAUUUCUAGUCUUAUUUGGAGUUGUACUGAUUGUGUCUUCUGUGGCAGCUAUCAUAAAUAGUUUGCGAUAUGAUCAUCAUCAUUAUCAUACUUUUCCUUGUUUCCUUCCAAUAACUGGUAGCCUCACAAAAAAUACACACAGUCAAAAUAAAGCCAAUGAAAACGUUAACUACACUUAAGAGGUUAAUCCUUUAUGUAUAUCCUCAGAUUUUGUGAGAAAUCUCACAUGACUUCAUGCAUGAUGAUCAAUUUUGUUAUUGCAUGGCUCUUGAGGUAUAUUAUGGUCAGUUUCUAAUUGUAAACAAGACAAGGUUUCACUGCAUUUCUUAAAAAAAAAAAAAACAGUACAAUCUGUAUCGUGGUGAGAGUUCAAGUCACCCAUCUUGAAUUGUGUCCUGAGAAUAUUGUCAUAAAAUACAAAUCCUUGCCUGGUCUUCUGUGAAGGUGCUCAGGUCACUCUUGCAGGCUGUGAUGCUGUGUGAUGGCCCUGUGGAGGUCCUCAGAGAAGCUGAAGUGUUCUGUGAGUCCUGUCUGCUCAUAGCUGUGGUAGAAAUGUCCAGUGGUUUGCUGGGAGUAGAAGAAGAGCUGCCUGGCAAACAGGGGCUCCACCUGUGAGAGGAGCAUCACUGUUGGUCUUUCUGAGUGUGGAUUGUUGGAAAUGUAAGAUGAAAGAAAAUAACCAAUCCCUAUCCUCUAUUGAAAAACUACAGAAGGAACUUGUAAUCAUUAGACAAAGAGGGAUUAUUGUAUAUUUUCUUCAUUUCUGUGCAACCACGACCGACAUAUUUUAUUUUGUCUGUAGAAUGUAGAAUUAUAAUGAAGUGUCUGUGAGUCACCUCAACAGUGAGGGCUGCUCUCUGUCUGUGGGGGUCAAAACACUCCUCUCCGAAACUCAGCAGAACCUGGAAACGACUUGGUGGUCGACCAUGUAGCCCGUACGUCUGGAUUUCUGAUAGUUAGUUAGAAAAGAGAAACAAUAAUUACCUCUUGUAAAAGCCAAGUAGUGUUGGUAACGUUGGUUUGUGGUGUGACCUUUGGGGUGACUCAGAAGGAAAGUCCUGGUGACAACUCAGUUAGACUGAAGUCUACAAGGCUGUCAGAGCAUGUGGGUGGGGACCCUUAAGACGGUGUGUAGAAAUCACAUGAUGCAUCAUACAACACAGCUUGCAAAGUUGUCUGCCACAGCUGUUGAUACUAGCUUUGGGGGACUUUGCCUCAGGUUUUGAUCACAUGAUGUCUUGGUAUCUAAAAUGACUUUUAAAUGGCAUUUUCACAGAAACUAAAUUAAAGUCGAAUACUAAAAAGCGCCCUGCUGACUCACCAGAAGUAUUUAGCGAGUUUCGGGUUACAGUUGGAACAUGUUUUUAAUUGAAUUAAUUUAAUCGUCACAUGGCUGGAUACAUUAUUUUGCUACUAUACACACUUUGUGCAUUAAAGAUCCGAAAACCAAUCUGGACUUUACUAGCCGAUCUGGACUUUACCCCUGGCAUUAUAGCCAGCCAUGUUAUUUUUAUUGCAAAAUAUGUAUGUAAAAGUAUGUAUCAAUUGGCCAUACCUGUGAGGUAAUCCUGUGUGUGAAGGAGUUUACAGGUGACCUCUCUCUCAAGCUUUUUAGGCUUGUCUCCAUAGGGCGUCGACCCCGCCUGCCAGUACACUCUGCUCUCACACAGCCGCCGAGCGUACAGUCCAUCUGGGGCCAUCCAACACAGCACACCUCUCUCCAAGGAGGACAAAGGACUUGGGGCACGCUCAUCCGCUCUCCUCUGCGCUAAGAGGGUUUCCACUGGCAGGGGCACCACAUCAUGGCCUCCUGCCGACACAUAGUGCUUAUCCUCUGGGGAGCCUGGAGUUAUGUGACACCCUUCUGGGCUGGAGGUAGUCACUUCCUUCACCAGAGUGUCCCGGAAAUACACACUGAUAUGGAGGCGUGCAUCUGGAUGGAGAACAUGACAAUAAAG